UAUGGAACAUCUGCGAUGCCGAUUGCGUUUGCGUUUGCCGCAGACUUGAAUCUUGUGAGAAAUCCUCAAGAGAGGCACGUGAAGCUUGACAGUUCACAAGUGAAAGGUUUCAUCGAUUCACCAUUGCUCAAUCUAUCAACUUCAAGAGCUUGCGCAUGUUCUUCGAUUCAAUGUUAAAGUGAAAUUUAUCGGUGAAAUCUUUGAGAGCCCUAGUUUCUGCUCGACCACAAGGCAAGCGGAGUAUUCAUCCGCGAAGGUUUCGCUCAAUGCGCUAGUAAAUCGGGGAUCAUCUCACUCUUUGGCUGCUAGAAGAUUCUGUCAAAACUAAAGCCCAUUCAAAGUUCAAGGGGCUAAUUUGCAUAGAAGGGAGAAAUUGAAGGGGCCUCCUGUAAAAUUGUUUUGAAUUAAACAGACGGUGUCGUUUUGACGCCACCUGCUUAAUUAACAAUCCCAAGCAUAACCUGAUAAAGUUAUCUCCUUUCUCGAAGCUUCGAUCCGACAACGCGCACACAGGAGGGACGGUUGAUUGAUCCAACGGCUACAACACAAAUUAAAAAAAAGGUUUCAACUUUACGAAGGGGUAACUAACGAAGGCUCUAGCUAUUUUAGGCGCGAGAAUUUUCUUUGGGUACGGCUGGAAGAACUCUAUUUCGUCACUGGAUAAUCUCAUUGAUUCAGGAUGAGACUAGGGUUGAUAACAAUUUCUUGCAAGAUAUUUUACAAAGAGUGGGAUCAUUUUUACCAGCUUAUACAACUUUUCGGUCUGGACUUGGACAUAUGCCAGUCUUCACUUGUAUUGUGGAAUUGGCUGGAGUCAGAUUUACUGGGCAACCAGCAAAGAACAAGAAACUAGCUGAAAAGAAUGCAUCUAUUACAGCAUGAACAUCUUUGAAACAGUUACCACAACAAUCUGAGUACAUGUCGGGAAGGGUUAAUAGGGAUGAACAUGAGCAUGUUUCUGUAGCACGAGCUCUUAAUAUUUUUGUUCACAAUGCAAGAAUGGCACAUUUACAAUUUCCAGUAAUCUUCCCUCCUCAGAACCCUAAACCACCCAGCACUCAAGCAAUUCCUACUAGAACAUCAAAAUUCCUUCCAUUAAUAUGCCCCAACUCCUCCAACAACAAUAACCAGAAAAAACCCAUCUUUCGUCGCCCAACAAGCUUUCCCAAAACCCAACAACUGUUAAUGAAAAACCAAAGGAACCAACAAUCUCGGAAUUUCUCGGUCAUUGGAACAGCACCUUAUAUACCUUUCCGACUCAGAACCACCUGUCGCAGUAAGGAACACAAUACCAGUUCAUUCUCCACCAUCAAAGCUGAGAUGGACUCUAGCUACUGCUGCAGCUACUCCACCCGCUUGUUUAAGGAAGUUAGCUCCUGUGUGCUGCUCCACCUGUUAAGGUAGAGCAGCAUCGCCCUGUUUCUAAUGGAGAACGCAAGAUUGGUAAUGAUGAAGGUAAGAAGAAGGAAACAGUUGCUGCGGCACAGAAAUUGCAGGAAAUGAAGAUCUGAGGAUGAGACUGGGAUUUAUAAGAAUUUCUUGCAAGAUUUUCUCAAAGAGUGGAUCAUUUUUACCACCUUAUACAAUUUUCCACUCUGGCUUGGACCUAUGCUUGUCUUCACUUGUGUUGUGGAAUUGGCUGGAAUCAGAUUUACUGGGCAACUAGCAAAGAACUAGACACAUGCUGAAAUAAUGCAGCUAUGACAACAUGGAUAUCUUUGAAACAGUGAUUUGGAAAACUGCAGUGGGGACAAGGCUCCUGGACCGGAUGGUUUCUCCAUGGAGCUCGGUAAAAAAACUUGGUCUUUACUUAAGGACGAGAUAAGGAAGGCUAUGAACCAUCGUAAUGAGAAUGGAACCUUCGAGAGGAGCUGGAACUCCACUCAUAUCUUUUGAUUCGAAAACGCUUGGGGGGUAGAAUAUAAAAAACUUCAGGCCCAUCAGCCUCAUUUUUUUCUCAAUGUACAAGAUUGUUGCCGAGUGUUUGGCCAAUAAACUAAGAAGGAUGUUGCUGACGAUCAUCUCUGAAAGUCCAAUGGUCUUCAUCAAAGGCAGACAAAUUUAUGAUGUGUCUCUCAUGGCUAAUGACUCAACCAUUGGAAACAACGAAGAUAACGCCUUCGUUAAGCUCGAUUUCUAGAAGGCAUACAACCACAAGGAGUUUCUCUUAAACACCAUGAGACACAUGGGUAGGGGCGAUGGAUGAAUAUAAUGAAUUAGGUUUUACAUUUCGACUGCUAGAUUUUUAGUUAUCAUAAAUGGUGAAGCAACGGGGUUCUUCGAAAGUUCGAGUGGUUUAGCGCAGGGUGAUCCUCUCUCUUUCCCCUUUCCUAUUUGUCAUCGUGAUGGAGGCUUUCUCAGAGUAUACUAACGAAAGUUGAAAGGGAUGGAUACAUCCAGGGGAUCAAUUGCGGUAGGUCAAACCGAUUUGUCAGAAUAACUCACCUCCUGUUUUCUAUGUUGAUGAUACCCUUUGCAUGAUGGCUGCAAAAGGGGUUGCUCGAGAAAUUGAGGGAAAUCCUAAAUCGCUUUGAGGCAUGUUCGGGCUUGAAAGUUAAGAAUGAUAUAUGUGAGAUCAUGCCUCGGGGACGACACAUAGGUUAGUCUUAUUAAUGUUCUGGGUUUCAACAAAAGAAUCAAUUUUAUCAAUGUACCUCGGUCCACCUUUGGUUGCGACGUCAAGAAGUAACGAGAUAUGAAACUCGAUCAUCACUAAAAUGGAAUAUAAAGUAGCAAUGUGGAAGAGCAAAAUGUUAUCCAAGGAGCAGACCGAUUCUCAUUAAGAACUGCUUAACAUCAAUACCAACUUAUACAUCUAAUUAAGAACUGCUUAACAUCAAACAAACUUAUAGGAUGUUCUUAUUAUUAACUUCACAAGAAAUUUCCUGUGGGGAUCAACUGAUUAACACUUCACCCACCUUGUUAGAAAAGUUGGGUUAAGAAAAGCUUAAGGGAGGACUUGGUAUCAGAGAUACCUCGUCUUUCAACAAAGCUCUAAUGUCAAAGUGGUGCUAGAGAUACUUCGACAAGAAGGAUAGCCUUUGGUCAAACUGGUCCAGUUAUGGAAAGGGAUUAGUAACAAUUAAUAUCUUAGUGAGAAUUCAAAAUUCAUUUGGGAACAAGUCAAACCAUUAGCUUAUAAAAAAACACUUGGUGUUUGUGUUUACCGCUUCGCAAAGGACUUUCCUAGGCUUCUGAAAUCAACAAUUUACCUACAAGCUCCAGUCAGAGACAUGUUUGAUCAAGAGGGUGAUGUGUUUAAAAUCAACAUUUGGCAUACACUCGACAUAGAGGAGAAUGAGAUGUUGGAUAAGCUUCAAGAAUGAUUAAAUGGGACAGGAUUGAGCUUCAAUAUGGUUGACGAGUUGGUGUGGAAAGACUUGGAGCCUUACAGUGUGAAACUAUGCUAUGAUUCGACGACUCAGACAAAUGAGGAACCUUACUAGGUGACACAGCUUGGCAUAAAAGAACGUCCUUAAAAUGUUGUUUUUUGGAUGUACUCUUAAUGGAAGUAUCCUUACUGAUGACAGACAGACAUCACACAAUAGGGAUCAUCAUAGUAAGUAAAUUCCAUCUAUGCGGCGAGAUGGCUCCACAUAUUCUACUUCAUUACUGUUGUGUCAGGCCUAUUUGAAGUCUGUUGCGGGAGUAUCAUGAAGAUUGAGUGGUCAUGCCAACGACUAACAAUGAAUUUUUGAUCAUUUGGGUGGAUCUUUGUAAGAGCAUUGGCCUCAAUAAGAAGUGAUUCCCAUACUGCUCAUCAUGGAUUGUCUAGCUUGAAAGAAACCGAAGGAUAUUUGAUAACAAGAGUCAGCCGAAUAGUAUAAUCAAGACUCAUCAACUGACCACGUUAGUUGAAAUUCGUAAUGGUACCAAGCUGAUCUGAGCCAUUCCUCAUCUAAUCAAUCUAUCAGCAAUUGGUCUGAAAGGCGGCGUGGAGAGAGAGAGAGAUAGAGCAGAGAGAUGUUCAAAAAUCAACUUCAAGAGCUGGCGCAGCGGAGCUGCUUCAACCUACCUUCCUAUACAUGUUUUAGGGAAGGUCCCGAUCAUGCUCCUCGAUUCAAGGUCAAAGUGAACUUUAACGGUGAGACCUUUGAGAGCCCUAGUUUCUGUUCGACCAUAAGGCAAGCGGAGUAUUCAGCAGCGGAGGUGGCGCUUGAUGCGCUAGUAAAUCGGGGACCAUCUCACUCGUUGGCUGCUAGGAUUCUGGAUGAGACUGGGGUUUAUAAGAAUCUCUUGCAAGACAUUUCACAAAGAGUUGGAUCAUUGUUCCCAACUUAUACAACUUUCCGCUCUGGGCUUGGGCAUAUGCCAGUCUUCACCAGUGUUGUGGAAUUGGCUGGAGUCAGAUUUACUGGGAAACCAGCAAAGAACAAGAAACAAGCUGAAAAGAAUGCAGCUAUGACAGCAUGGACCUCUUUGAAACAGUUAAUACCACAACAGUCUGAGCACAUGUCGGGAAGGGCUAAUAGGGAUGAACCGGAGCAUGUUUCCGUUGCACGAGCUCUUAAUACUUUUGUUCAUAAGGCAAGAAUGUCUCGUGUACAAUUUCCAAUAAUCUUCCCUCAGAAUCAUAAACCACCCAGCACUCAGGAAAAUUCUACUAGAACAUCGAGAAUCCUUCCAUUAAUCUUCUCCAACGACAAUAACCAGGAAAAACCCAUCACUCGCCGCCAAGCAAGCUUUCCCCAAACCCAACAACUGUCAAUGGGAAACCAAGGGAAUCAGCAAUCUCAGAAUUUCCCUGUCAUUGGAACAGCACCUUAUAGGCCUUUCCGACUCCGAACCACCACUCAGCAUGGAAUUGCACCACCUGUCGCAGUAAGGAACACAGUACCAGUUUAUUCUCCACCAUCAAAGCUGAGAUGGACUCCAGCUACUGCUGCUACUUCUUCGGCUAGCCCACCUGCUUGUUUCAGGAAGUUGGCUCCUGUGUUUGCUGCUCCACCUGUUAAGAUAGAGCAGUACUGCCCCGUUUCUAAUGGAGAAUGCAAGAUUGGUAAUGAUGAAGGUAAGAAGAAGGAAACUGGUGAUGUGGCACAGAAAUUGCAGGAAAUGAAGAUUUAAGGUAAGUCAAUAUUUAUAUGGGUGAGAAGAGAAGUACGAUGAACUUAAGCUUUUGAAUAAAGGCAUUUGAAUGUUAUGUGUUAAGUCCUUGUUUUAAAACUUUAUUUGAAAACCACCUCUUGGUUUUGGCUGGGCCUGUCGAAGGCUUGUGUGUGUAUUCAGAGACCAUUCUUAACUGAUGAACGCAAGGUUUAGACUUUUGAUGUUGGAAAAGCUGCUCUUCCUCCCUAUAUGAACAAAUGAAUUCAUGUUUUGAAAUUGCUUCUCUUUACAA